AUGACACGUUACAAUUAUUUGGGCGACUUUACAUCAAAAAUUGACGCCUUUUUAUUGCAGGUGCAAGACAAACGUGAUUCAAAGGUCGAAGAUUCGUCGAAAUACGCCCCCACUUGCCUGCUUAAUUGGAAAGAAUAUAAUGGUCAUUGCUACUAUAUCAGUGGUAAUGUUACAUCAUCUUCGUCCACGGCGAGAAAGAGCUGUACUUCACAAGGCGGCGACUUGGCUGUGCCAACAAACGCAGAAGAAAAUAGAUUCAUCUUCAAUGAGAUAAAAAAUCCAAAUGCUCGUGACCCAUAUAUUGGUCUGUUCAGAGUUGACGGGGAAAACAAGUUUAAAACUGUCUACGGAGCUGAACCAUCCUACAAAAAUUGGGGUAGUGGCGAACCGAAUGAUUACAAGGGAAAUGAAGAUUGUGUCGCCUUGCGCAUCAACGACGGAAAAUGGAAUGACGUAAAUUGUUUCAGUCCCAGGCAUUUUGUUUGCGUAAUCAACGUCAAAUAAUACGAAACACUGGCAAAACACUUGAAAUACAAAUGGGCACGCAAAUUCUAACAAUGUAUUAAAACUUUGUGUUUUGGUAUUAAACUGGAUAACUAGCGAUUUUAGAUUAUUCAAGAUGCAGGUUUUACAAGUUAUCUAUCCGUCCUGUAUUGAGUCAUGAAACGUUGUAAAAGUUAUUCACAAUGUACGUACAGUCUCGUAC